CUCAAGGGUGGGGCGGCCCUGCGCGCCGCCGGAGCCCAGCGAGUGCCCCCCCCCCCGGCGCCGCGAGAUGUCCUGCGGCUUCGCGUGCCGCCUGCUCCCGCCGCUGCUCGCGGCCUUCCUCGCCCUGUCCGCCAUCCAGGUGGGCCGCCGGGAGGCCGCGCGCGGGCCCGUGCUGCAGCCCGAGCCAGCGGGCCUGGCCGCGGGCGGCCAGGAGGAGGGCGAGGCGGGAGCGGACGACGCGCUCUCCCUCCUGCAGACGGCGGUCGCAGUGGCCCAGGGCAGCCGAGUGCCGUGCACGCACGCGCCGUGCAACGUCGGCCGCGCGGCGCGACGGCACGAGGGACACCUCUCCGAGGCGGCGCCCGACAGCGACCUCCUCUUCCACGCCUUCCCGCUCUGAGCCGGCGCGGGGCCGCCGCCGCCGCCCGAGGCCCCCGUGCUUCCUGAGGAGGCCGCCCGCAGAGCCCGCCAGAGGUCGCCGCGGGGCCCUCCGCGGCCGCCGUGCCGCGCGGCAGCGCCACCCAGCGCGCCCCAUCCGCGGGCCCGCGCGGGCGCCGCCGAGGAGGGGGCACGUCCCCACGGCGGGCGCGCGCAGGUUUGCAGCGCUGCCCGCCUCCACGGGGGCGCGCCGCACACGCGCCCCACGGCCUCCUCGGGCCGCGCCUCGAGGCGCGGGCGGGGCGCGUGCAAGAAAUUGCUAGCGAGCACAUACACAC